CAUAAUAAAUCUUGGUGAUUUGUGUGAUGUUUGAUAUGUAGUACAAGAAAAUUAUUUUAUAUUUAAAAUAAGUUUCUGAAAAUUUGUUUUAUACAAUGGCUAUGUUCGAAGUAUUAAGAAAAGAAUAUAGUGAUUAUUUACAACAAUGUUUUAAAGUAUCAGAUAUACAGACAUUUCAAAAGAAAUGUACAGAACGGUGUACAAAUGAUAGUGAUAGAAAAGCUGCUAUUGAUCAAGCAUUAAGGGACACGCUUCUUGUAAUAUUAUCUGAAAAUGCAUUGAACAAUGUGCAAUUACUUGAGACUUAUAUUACAUUCUGUAUUGAAUUAUGUAGAAAAGAUUUAGCAACUGCAAGUAUGCCAGUGAUGCUUCUUGGAGAUAUAUUUGAUUCAAUGACACUUGAUAGAUGUGAACAACUUUUUACUUUUGUUGAAAACAAUGUAGUUGUGUGGAAAGAAGAUUUGUUCUUUAGUGCUUGUAAAAAUAAUUUAUUAAGAAUGUGCAAUGAUUUACUUAGAAGAUUAUCUAGAUCACAACAAACUGUAUUUUGUGGAAGAAUUCUUUUAUUUUUAGCUAAGUUUUUUCCUUUUUCUGAAAGAUCUGGUCUUAAUAUUGUUAGUGAAUUUAACUUAGAAAAUCAUACAGAAUUUGGUUCUGAAAAAUCAGAAGGAGAUGAUUUAGAACAAAUAACUAAAGAUGAUGAUAAAUCAGAAACUAAAGUGCCAAUUGAUUAUAAUUUAUAUAGAAAAUUUUGGGCACUUCAAGAUUUUUUUAGAAAUCCUAAUCAAUGUUAUCAGAAAAUGCACUGGAAAGUAUUUUCAGCACAUGCUUCAAGUGUAUUAUCUGCAUUUUCAUCUUUUAAAUUAGAAGAACAACGUAAUUAUCCUUCAACAUGCAUUAAAGUUGAUUCUUCUAUAGAAGGAUCCCAUAAAGAAACUCCUUAUUUUGCAAAAUAUUUGACAAAUCAGAAAUUAUUGGAGUUACAAUUAUCUGAUUCAAAUUUCAGGCGAUAUGUAUUAUUGCAAUUUCUCAUUCUUUUCCAAUAUCUUAAUAGCACUGUUAAAUUUAAAGCCUUCCUUGCCAGUGGCUAUGAGACAAGUGAAACACACGAACUGAAGCCUGACCAAGUAGAUUGGGUAAAAGCAACCACAGAGCAAGUGUAUGCCUUAUUGACAGAAACACCUCCUGAUGGUCCUACAUUUGCAGAAACUGUUAAAAAUAUAUUAAAACGUGAAGAGCAUUGGAAUGCUUGGAAAAAUGAAGGAUGUCCAGCAUUCAAAAAGCCAGCUCCAGAUUCUAGCACUGAUAUAGAAGAUUUAAGGAAACCAAAGAGACCAAAACGUAGAAUUGGAGAUGUUAUUAGAGAUGCUCAAACAGUUGGAAAAUAUCAUAUGGGAAACCCAGAACUUACAAAAUUAUGGAAUUUGUGUCCCAACAAUCUUGAAGCAUGUAAAUCCAAAGAAAGAGAUUUUCUUCCAUCUUUAGAAACAUACUUUGAAGAAGCUAUUAUGCAAUUAGAUCCUAAUGCAAUGGUAGAAGAUGAAUACAAGAAAGUAAAUGAUGGAAAUUUCGGUUGGAGAGCAUUAAGAUUAUUGGCUAGGCGUAGUCCCCAUUUUUUUGUUCAUGGGAAUUAUCCUAUUAAUAAACUUCCUGAAUAUUUAGAAACAAUGAUCAAAAAAAUUGCUAAAGAUCGUCCACAGACACAGUCAGAUAUAAAAUUAGAAACGGAGGAGACUCCACCAUCAGAAGCAAAUGAUCAGGAAUUUAAUGAAGAUGUUCUUAAACAAGAUAGUGAACAAGUUGAAACCGAAAAUACCGAUACAAAAGGACGAAAACUAACAAAAGUGACACCUGAAAUGGUAGCGAGAUUGUCAGAGAUUUUGAAAAACGAUUGGAAAAAAUUAGCAACUAAAUUUGGUUAUACAAGUGAAGAAAUUUCAUUUUUUCAAGGUAAACCAACGCCAUAUGAGCAGUGUAAAAAUAUGCUGGAAAUUUGGGCGGAAGAAGACGUUGACGCGUCGAUGGAAAAUUUAGCAUAUAUCUUAGAAGAAAGACAAUAAUAAAGUGUACAAAUAAUACAAAAUUUCGAACUAAAACGGUCGUCGGUGCAAACUAUAUCGAAAGAUAAUUGGUUUUACAUCAGUACGUCAAGAUCUACAUUACGGCAUCGAGAAAAUUUUCUUUCUUUAUUUUCCGAUAUGAAAUUCGCCAACAAGCAUGCUGACAACCUAAAGGUAUAGACCGACGUUUUCUCUAUCUAAUCGUAAUAAAUUAGUUUAACAUUAGUAAUAUAUCGUAUCUUCGAAUUAUAGACACUGACUUAGACUCGAUUUAUGCUCGAUGUAAAAGCAGAGGCCAACAACGAUUAAGACAGCGAUAGCUUGUGAAUGGUAAUGUGUUUCAUUUUGAACAAGAACUAUACGUAAGUUAUAAAAUAUUGCUACAUAUAUACCGAGUAAUUUUCGAAGCAUAAUUUAUAAUUAUUCACAAUUCAAUUUCUAAAUAAUUCUUUUGCUGCAUAUACAUAUGUUACGUCUAUGGAUCUGCAGCUUCAUACAUUCAUGCAAUUAUGUAUAUAAUAUUAUCGCAUCAAACGUGUCUGCCACAAAUUAUACACAGAGCAUAAAUCCGGAUUCCAGAUGCAAAAAACUUAAUAAUCUUUUACGGAAUCCUUUUUUCCUUUUAUCAACUUGUUUCUUAUAUCUAACAUACACACUCAUAUGUAUUGGCUAAAGUGUAAAUGCAAUUCGAUUGCGGAUAUGAACUCCGACAUUUUUUAUUAGGUCGUAAGAUAAUCAUUAGUUUAUCUUCUUUCUUUUUGCCUCAUUUUUUUUUCUUUUAAUACCUUAAAGGUAAAUUGUGAUUCGGAUGAAUAUCUUGAUCACGCUUCGAAGAAUCUCCUCUCUGUAGCAAUGAUAUAAGUACUGGACGUUUAUUGUGAUGUAGGGAACUCCUAAUAGCGUCGAGUUUUUAUUUGACGCUUGAUAAUGAUGAUGGAUUAAGAGUAUAGGCGAAGUAAUUGAUAUGAAACACUGAUUAACGAUGUCUAAACGAUCAGUCUUAUUUCUUAAAGAGAGAACGGAAAUUCGUUUAAAGCGUUGGUUAAUGACUUGAUAAAGAUAUCUUGUGAAUUACAAGUAAAUUUUAUGAUUAGAAAUGAGAUGGUAUGUUACAUUGCAUUUAGUAAACUAUGUUUGAAUGCUUGUUUUAUGUUUCUUUCUUUUUUUUUCCAUUGUUUUUCGCUAGUUAAUCAA